GAAAAUCAUGUAAUGGAUUUAAAAAAACUGAGUUCAAGAAUCAUAUGUUCUGAUAAUAUUACUAGACACAAUUUAAAUAAGAAAUCAAAUGCUUCAACUAUUAUAUUCAUAGAUGAUGAUGAUCAAUUUUUUAAAAAAAUGGAAUUAGAAAUUGAUAAAAAACUAAUAUUAAUUCCAGCUAAUAAAUACGUAUUUCAAAUGACUUCGAAAUUACAUACAAAUGUAUUACCAUUAUUUGAAGAUGAAACAGCUAUUCUUCACGAGCAAUAUGAAGAAUCAUUGUUUUAUGGAAUGUUCCUCACUCCACCAGACAGUAAUUCAAUUAAAGAUAAUACAAAUUUGUAAAUUUAAUAUAAUAGUAUAAUAUUAAAAUUAUUAU